AAAAAUUGGGAAUGGAACAAAAAGGUUUGAAACACGAAAUUCCCUAAAGCUGCUUCAAGACUGAGCUUAAGCAUCACUCUCUUCUUCUUCCAAGGACAUGAGAGGCUUCUCUUCUUUAACUUCAAAAGCUUCUUCAUCUUUAUCUGCAACAAUACACAAAUUCUCCCAUCAGUCUCAUAAAACUGCUCAAAACCCAUCAAAGAUUGCACCUUUAGCCCCCUUCUCCAAUCAAAACUCUGGUAAGAACAUUCCCCCCAUUCCAAAUCAUGUAUCUAAUGUGUCUAUUACUCCAUAUACUGGUAAGAAUUCUAAGUUCAAGAUUAAGCCCAUUGAUCAUGCUUAUAUGUGUCGAAUAUUGUCUAGGAAAGACUGGUUUUUGUUGCUAAAUCACGAGCUCAAAGCUCAAAGAAUUACAUUGAAUCCUCAAGCUGUUAUUAGUGUUGUGCAAAAUCAAGAUAGCCCUUUACAUUCUUUGAGGUUUUAUAUAUGGGUUUCGAGUAAGUUCCCUUUGUUGGAAAAGAAUCAGUCGAUUCGAGGGGUUUUAGGUAAUGUGCUGUAUAGAAAAGGGCCUGUUUUGCUGUCCAGGGAAUUGAUUGAAGAUGUUAAGAAUUCUGGGUUUUGUUUUACGGAGAGUUUAGUUUGUAUUUUGAUAGGUAGUUGGGGGAGGUUAGGGUUGGCCAAGUAUUGUGGUCAGGUUUUUGAGCAGGUUUCGUAUUUAGGGAUUUGUUUGAGUACUAGGUUGUAUAAUGCAGUGAUUGAUGCAUUGGUGAAGUCGAAUUCACUUGACUUGGCAUAUUUGAAAUUUCAGCAGAUGCAGGUGGAUAAUUGUAGACCAGAUAGAUUUACGUACAAUAUUCUGAUCCAUGGGGUGUGCAAAGCCGGGGUGGUUGAUGAAGCCAUUCGGUUAGUAAAACAAAUGGAGGGGUCAGGAUAUUCUCCAAAUGUUUUUACAUAUACAAUUUUAAUUGAUGGAUACUGUAAUGCAAAAAAGAUAGAUGAAGCCUUUGGGAUCUUAGACAAAAUGAAGAAGAGGAAUGUAAAACCAAAUGACGCUACCUAUAGGUCAUUAAUCAACGGGGCAUUCCGUAGUCUAUCCCCUCGUAAGGCAUUUCAGUUGCUGUCUUAUUUUCUAGAGAGAGAGGCUAAAUUGCCUGAUGCAGCCUGUGAAGCUAUUUUGCUUUGUCUUUCUAGCAGUUCUCUGUCAGUGGAAGCUGCUAUGUUUUUGAAAAAAUCAGAGUCAAGAGGCUAUUGUCCUGACAGCUCAACAUUUAGCACGGUAGUUACUUGUCUGAUUAAGGGGUUGGAUCUCAAAGAGACCUGCGAUAUCUUAGAUAGGUUUGUCAACAGGAAUAUAAAGCUGGGAUUUAAUGCCUAUCUUGCACUCCUUGAGGCCUUGUACAAGGGUGGAAAAGUAGAAUUAGGAAAUCGUUAUCUAAAUCAGAUGCUAGAAUAUGGGUUUGUAGCGAAUGUGUACUCUUAUAAUAUGCUUAUUGAUUGCUUCUGCAAAACGAAUAUGAUGGACAAAGGGUCCCGGUACUUCCGAGAUAUGAGUGAAAAAGGCGUUGCUCCAAAUCUUGUUACUUUCAACACCCUAAUUAGUGGGCAUUGUAAGGCUGGUGAUGUAAGUAAAGCCAGGGAAUUACUGAAGAUGCUUUUACAGCAAGGUCUUAAGCCAGACGCUUUUACUUUUAAUUCAGUGAUUGAUGGUCUUUGUCAGACUUACCAGACUGAGGAUGCAUUUGAUUGUUUUUCAGAGAUGGUUGAAUGGGGCGUGACACCAAAUUCUAUUACUUAUAAUAUCUUGAUCCGGUCAUUUUGUGUGAAAGGGGAUGUUUCUAAGUCUAUGACAUUGUUACGUAAGAUGCAAGCUGAUGGUAUAAAGCCUGAUAUAUUCUCUUUCAAUGCCCUUAUCCAAAGUUUCUGUAGGAUGAAUAAGCUUCAGAAGGCACAGAAACUUCUCAUUAGCAUGUUGACAUUGGAUUUAUGUCCCGACAAUUUUACCUACUGUGCUUUUAUCAAGGCAUUGUGCAGAUCAAAUAGAUUCGAUGAAGCGAAAGCAUUGUUCCUAUCAAUGGAAGAAAAUAAAUGUUCCCCCGACUCUUUUACAUGCGAUACAUACAUUUCUGCUCUAAUUCAAGCAUCCCAGUUUGAGGAAGCACGCAGAAUUUUCAGAAAAUUUGAAAAGAAGGGAUUGUCAUUGAAACCCCUUGCUGUCUUUUAGUAUGAGAGACUUAUUGUUUAACAAAAGAAGAAUAUAUUUUAUUGAACAAUGUGCACUUGUUCAACUUACAUCCCGAUGCAGUGGUGAUGUUUUACUACGUAUGUUACAACUCACGAGACGUUUUUUUCAGCAACACUGAUUCAGAACUAUUAGUGGUCUUAGUAUCGCCUUGUGUUGCACAGAACAACUGCAACUGAAUGCAGUAUAUCCGAUCUCGUGAAUAAGAAGAUGUUGGAAUCAGCUUAGUCCUAGGGGAAUCCUUGUGAGCAUCUAGCCAGUCACUUACUAAUUGACUAUAACAGCUGGUAUGUUCGCAUCAGUUAGAUAGGGCUGGGCUGGUGAUUUAGAGCCAGCAAUUGUCUGUCAUUUUCGAGUACUGUUCGAUCGAUUAUGUAUUAAAUAUUAAUAUAUUCCAUUAAUUGGUCUGACAUUAUCGGUAAUAAGGGUUAACUGCUGCCCUGCCAAAAAAGAGUUAAAUCUGUUUUAAAAUAUAAAACAGGAACAGUUUAGUUGAAUUCCAAUUUUAUACAUCUUUACAUAAAUUUUCAUGUACACAAAUCUGAAGGGAAUCCUACUUGACUUUGUAGACUGCUACAAACCCCUACAGUCAGUGUUACUGGAGAGUCAGCUACAAUGUGGAAGAAUUAAGUCUCUUACUAUUCGUAUUAUAAAUUCCUGCACAUAUUUGAAUGUGCAAAGUGUCACUUUUGGGAACAAAACUUUGUUGUUGAAGGGAACAUAUAGGGAUAUAUGCUAAACAUGAACUAGAAUAUUCUUGAAGUUUAAUUUUUAAAAGUACUUGAACUUGCAUAAUAUACUUGUAUAUUUUGAUGUACGAUUUAGUACACCAAUUAAAUUGUAAGCUAAAUGAGACUGUUCUUUGUGUACAGCAAUGAGAAUGCUACUUGGUGAGAAGCAGUAGUGCAUUAAAUAAAUCGUGUACUUGGCCUGCUGUUAUCAGAUUAAAUAUAAACAGGAAGCGAAAUUCUGUUUCAUACCCAUUCUGGUAAAUAGAUGCCUUCUGGGGGUAUGAAUGUAUGCUACUCAUAAAGUUGAGGUAGACUUUUAAGACUUAGCUGCAUAUGCAGGUGGGAAGGAUGUGCAAAUUGCAAAUUCCUAGCAGUUAUCAGCUAGUACCAGACUUGUCCUUGAUUUCUGGUGGUGAUGACUCAUUGAAUUUAGUAUUUACUUGGUGGAUUGAUAGAUACCAAGGUGUCUUCAGUCUUCACGUUUCUUAACCGCUCUUAUAACAGUCUGAUUUUACAUCCUUGGCUGGGGUGAAGUGUUGUUCAACAGCAGGAGUUUGGUUUGAUUUUGAGAAUGCUUUCUAUAUCUUCCGGACUAUUCACAUCAUUUUAAUGUCUGACUGAUAGUACUUUACCAGUGGAUGUAUCUGUCUAAAGUAAACUAGUGUAACAAUCCAAGUCUUAGAGCUGGUUUGACUACUAAACCAUUUCCAUCUAAUGACCUGAAAUGAAUGAUGGACAAUAAAAUUCCAUUUUUGUAGUUAAUUGUCGAUUUUUCUUUUCAAAUAUCUCUAUUACAUAUUUGGAAUUUUAUAUCUAUGCUUAAUGCUUCAGGAUGAGAUGCUCUUAUAUUCACCCAAGGUAAUCUUGACUUGUAGUGCAACUGUAGAAGAUGGUUUUAGGUUUGACUCCACUCUUUCAAAAAAAAUUGCAAGUAAAGUUGGUGGCUUGCAAACCAACUUGUUUUGUAGUCACUUCUGCCCCAACCAUUAUUUUAACAGAUGCUGAAGUUAAUAGUUUGUGCCUCCCCCUUGUUAAAAUAGUGUUUUAAUAUCAAAGUUUACUGCUGUAUAUUCUUCUCUUAAGUGCUGUGUCUGUUUCCCAUAUGCCCUUUUUUAUAUAUACUUUCUGAAGUGGAUAUAUUUUUUAAGGGCUAAGAUUGAGCUGUGACAAACAUGCAAUCCAAUGAAUAUUAUAUGUAUAAAUAAUUAAAACCUAAAUGUUGAUUAAUUCUUAUUAGGUCUGCAUGCCAUGUCGAGAAGCUAACAACCUUGAUCACAUAUUGUGUAUAUAUGAUUAGCCAACCGUGACUCAUUUCUUUCUUUGAGUAUUGAUUUGCCAGUUACAGGAAAUAAUGGCAACCACAUUCAUUGCUAAGCACAGUCUCACAAUACUAGCUCUAACCCAUAUUUUCUUCUUUCCUUGUUUUCUUCUAGGGAAGGCAGAUGACUAUUUUCCUCAAACAGGAGCCGCAAAUGGUUAUGUUCCUCAAACAGGAGGUGCAAAUGGGUAUGGUCCUCAGACAGGAGCAAAUGGUUAUGGUCCUCAGACAGGUAGCGUUGGCGUGGACGAUCCUGCUGAAGUUGUUUCCAAGGCCCUGUUAUGUUUCAACAAUAACUACGUUUAUAGCAGCUGCGAGCAAUCCUAUAGAUUAACAGAGAGCGGGGACAUCAACGUGCCACCAGAAUAUGCUGAUCAAUACUGCCGCGGGCCAUGCUUCAGCGAAACUAACCUUGUGCUGAACUGUAUCGACAAUAUAUUAUCCCACUUCUUGUUUUACAACAGGGCAUCGAUACAGGAUGUGAGGGAGACAAUCAAGGCAGGAUGUAGCUAUGGUCCAGAAAGAGGUAACUUCAAUGUGGCUGAGCAUAUUCAAGCCAGAGAGAAUAGUGCUUCCAAGAGUUCAAAAUCUGCUAUGCUUGGGCUUCUCUUGAUGACUGUCUUGAUGGGAUAUUAUCUACUAUAUUAAACACAGACAUUAUCACUGAUCAGCAUUUGUAUAAGAUCAGCAUUUGUAUAACUUUUCAAUUGAAAAUUAAACAGAUUAUACUAUUGUAAUUUUCUACCACAUGUUUAUUUAAAUUAUUAUAGCAA